CUUUGGGCUGGGUUGGCUGGUGAUGAGAUACUUGGUUGCCGGCUGUGGAAGAGGCGACAGCUACAGCUACAAUCAAGUCCGCGACUGUGACCAUGGCCGAGAAUAACGCUCAGAAUAAAGCCAAGCUAAUCUCUGAGACCCGGCGAAGAUUCGAAGCUGAGUAUGUGACAGAAAAGUCAGAAAAAUAUGAUUCACGUGAUGUUGAAAGGCUUCAGCAAGAUGAUAACUGGGUUGAAAGUUACUUGUUGUGGAGACACAGUGUUGUGGAUGAAACCCUGAAGAUGCUUGAUGAGAGUUUCCAGUGGAGGAAAGACUUUUCUGUCAAUGAUCUUAGCGAAUCCUCUAUUCCAAGGUGGUUAUUAGAACUUGGUGGUAUUUAUCUCCAUGGUUAUGACAAAGAAGGAAACAAAUUACUCUGGAUCAGAGUGAAGUAUCAUAUAAAAGACCAGAAAACCAUAAUGGACAAAAAGAAGCUCAUAGCGUUCUGGUUGGAACGAUAUGCCAAGAGAGAAAAUGGGAAGCCUAUCACGGUGAUGUUUGACAUGUCAGAAACUGGACUCAAUAGCAUAGACAUGGACUUUGUACGCUUUAUCAUCAACUGCUUUAAGGUAUAUUACCCCAAAUACCUCUCAAAAAUAGUGAUCUUUGAUAUGCCUUGGAUAAUGAAUGCUUUUUCCAAAUGGGUUAAAUCUCCCAACAGAAAUAUUUUAAAAACUGAGUAUAAAACAAAGGGCAUAGCACGGGACAGAAGUGGAACUGUCAACGAGCUGUGCCUGCGAGUAGUUUAUUCUCAGCGUCUUGCUCGUGGUUAUAUAAACGAUGAGGCCUGGGAAAAAUGCAGAGAUCCUUUCAAGUAUAGCUACCCACCACUGGUAGAUGAUGAUUUCCAGACACCUCUGUGUGAGAAUGGGCCAAUUGCCAGUGAGGACGAAACCUCAAGCAAGGAAGAUAUAGAAGGGGAUGGCAAGGAAACCGUGGAAACAGUUUCUAACGAAGAACAACCAGCUCUGUCAGAAAAGACUAGCCCAAUUGAAUCUGCUUCCAAGACAGAAGAAAAUGAAAAAGUUGAUUCAAAGAUGAAAACUUUUAAAAAGCCAUUGAGUGUUUUUAAAGGGCCCUUAUUACACAUCAGCCCUGCCGAAGAAUUAUAUUUUGGAAGCAUGGAAUCUGGAGAGAAGAAAACUCUAAUAGUGUUGACAAACGUCACGAAAAAUAUAGUGGCCUUUAAGGUGCGCACUACUGCCCCAGAGAAGUACAGAGUCAAGCCAAGCAACAGCAGCUGCGACCCUGGAGCUUCCGUUGAUAUCAUCGUUUCUCCGCAUGGAGGCUUAAGAGUCUCUGCCCAAGACCGGUUUCUGAUAAUGGCUGCUGAAAUGGAGCAGUCCUCUGGCACUGGGCCAGCAGAAUUGACCCAGUUCUGGAAAGAAGUUCCAAGAAGCAAAGUGAUGGAGCACAGGUUACGAUGCCAUACUGUUGAGAGCAGCAAACCGAACACUCUCACACUGAAAGACAGUGCUUCUAACAUGUCAGAUAAAACCAGUGAAGAUCUGUAUCUGCAACUCAAUCGUUUACUAGAAAGCAAUAGGAAACUUGAAGACCAACUCCAGCGCUCUCUCUGGUUCCAGCAGCUGCUGCUUGCCUUAACAAUGGUCUUGCUUGCUUUUGUUGUUUCUUUCUUUUAUUCGUUAUACAGUUAAAGAAGUGGUGCUUGGUCAGAAACGUAACUCCUUUAGACAUUGUUUGGAGAAGAUAUACAGACCGCACUCAAACUUCUCCACCCACCUUCUAGAACUACUGUACAUCUGGGCUUCCUAAAAGAAAUAUGUAGCACAUAGCAGGGUGCCUGGCUUGAAACUAAGUUGUUUGGAUAGAGAAAUGUUCAAGGCAUUGAUUAUUAGAGACUGUAGCUAGUUAGGAAACUAAGUAAAGGCAUAUGCAGUGUGUAAAUCAAUAGCUUAAACAUAAUUUAUUUUUUCUUUUUCAUUUGAAUGAGUUCAAAGCAAAGUUUGUCAUGUAAAUGCACAAGCUGGGCUGAAAAGUCUAUGUAACAUGCUUUGUUGUUGCCAAAAGAUGUAAUCUGCUUUUUUUUAAAAUACAGAAUUACUAGCUGAGCUGACUUACUAGCUUUUCUAUACUAUGUAUGUAAAAUAUGUAUAUUGAAAAGGAGACCUACUUAAGCAGAGUAAUUUAUGUAACCAUGACUUUGUAACUUUGAGAACUACUUCCAGAUGAUAGUCAAUAUUCUUUUUGGAAUGUAAAGCUAUUUAAUGCCAAACCAUUUUAGCCUUUGUUUCUCAGCGUCGCUGAGCAGCCUGCCUCUUAUUAAUCUGGGCUCUUCACUGAUCACUUUGGUUUUGACACAAUAUGGAAAGCUACAUGUGGUUCAAUUUUCAUAGAUUUCUGGUAGCCAUGCCCAGAAGGAAAGUCUCCAAAACAGCCCCCUUUCUCGUCAGUUCUAUGCAGUUUCAUGCCAUUCACUGUGUUUGAACAGUGAACCUUUGCCUGGUUUUGUAUAAGGGCCUACUCUUCCAUUGUCCCAUCUUCACCUACAUUUCAGGGCAAAGGAGUCUCCUCUGUGGACCACAAAUUAUGCCUUGUUCACCCUCACUUUUCCAUGAGAGGAAGGCAUUAGGUAACGUUGUUGAAACUCUGCUUGUUUUAGCUGAUCAUUAGUCUAACUAACCUUAGGUUCAAAAUGAUCCUUGUUAAAAUUGUUGGUGAGAAGGAAACGCUGAAAAGACUGGAGUAUCGUGUGUGCAAUUAUAAAAAGAGGCUCAGAGAAUGGGAGCCACCACUCCCAAUGGGCUCUCAGGACCACUUUGAUACUCUGCCUUCGGUACAUUCAUCUGACUCCUAAAUCCCUACCGAGAUACACCUUGCAGAACCAGAGGCUGAUGCAAUUAGUUUGUGUUGUCAUUAGCAUGACCAGUUUCAGUUGCUUUAGGUUCAAAUGUACAUCUGUUUUGAUGAAAGAAAAGUAGUCUGCCUAGCAAAUGAAUGUUUAGCCAUGUUUGGAGAUUUAGGAUUCUCAGGAGUAGAGUUGGGGGCUCUCAACUUGAAGAAAUUGAUUCCAACACUGAAUUUGGAGGAGUGAUGGAACAGAGCUUCUGAAAAAGUCAGCUGAGGAAUUAAAACCUUAAAAGGACACUAGUGUGAUACUCUGUCUUAACUUGGGUUUUUCUGUUUCAGUUUGCCACCUCCAGAUGUGGAACAGACUGCAGUCCACACUAAGUCCUGUGCACAGUGUCUAUGCCCCUGUAUGUCCACAGAGACUUCCCACUGUGCUGGGAAUCUUCCCAAGUGGUAGAUUCGGGGCCUUAAUACUCUCAUUCCAAAGUAUUUGUCUGUGCUUUACAUUCCUCAUAAAGAAAUGAGGAAUCAAUUAACCAAGAUGAGGAAUAUAAUUAUCCUAACAGUGUUCCUUCAAUGUUGACCCACUAAACACCCUUCCUUGCUUAAUGUCUGGUCAGUUGAAUUUAGUAACAUACCUUGUUGGCAUUCAUUGUAGUGUAACAUACAUGAAUGUAACAUUGUUACAUCACUCCUCAAAACUGUGUGGUAAAUGUGACUAAACAGAACUGUGGACAAUUAACCAUAAUGUCGAAGGCGUCUAAACUUUUCUGCCAAUCUUGAUUAGUCUAUAUAUUUGCAUUUUAUUGGUUCUGUCUUCAUUUAAUCGAAUCAUAUUUGCAUGAUUAUUUUUGGUAUUCUGAUCAAUACUUUUAUCUUUAAUCAUGCCAUUGCUUUCUUGUGAUCAAAUUGCCAGAGAUUUUCAUUUUGAUUUUUGUUUUCACUUGGGAAUGGAAAUUAAUACAUUUUCCAUGAAAACAUUAAUAAAAGAUCAUUAGCUUGAUCUGUAAGCCGCCUAAAAUGCAAUUGCUGGUAAGCCUAGUCUCAAAUUUCAUAAAACCAUAACUUUUUAUAUCUUGCCACUAAUUUUGACUGGAUUUAAUAGCACUUUAUUGUAUAAUUAUAAAAAAUAUAUUCCUAGAAUUGUUGCCAGUGUAAUUUCUCUAAUGUUCUGGUGCUUUUCAUAUAUUUUCAGUAUUUUUAUUACUAUAUUGGUAUUUUCUUUGUAUGAAUUGAUCAAAAGAACAUGUUUUCUAUUUUAAUAUGUUUUAGAAAAUAAUUACAUUUAUGAAAUAAAUAUC